GCAGGGGCGCGGCGGCCCCGCGGCGGCGGCGGGAUGGAGGCGGCAGCGGAGGGGGACGAGGCUGCGGCGGCGCUGGAGCAGCGGCUGGCGGCGGGCGGGCAGGGCCAUGUGCUGCGCUUCUGGGCCGAGCUGGGCGGCGCGGCCCGCCGGGCGCUGGUGGAGGAGCUGCGCGACAUGGACGUCGCCGAGAUCAACCGCUUCUUCCGCCGCGCCCGCGAGGAUGGAGGCGGCAGCGGGGCGGCGGUGAAGCUGGACGGGCGGAUGGAGCCGGUGCCGCGGGAUGUGCUGGGCAGCGCCUGCCGCGACCGAGGGCUGCUGCCGCGCUGGGAGAGCCGCGGGCUGGCGGAGAUCGCGGGGAGCCGCGUGGCCGCGCUGCUGCUGGCCGGCGGGCAGGGCACACGCCUCGGCGUUCCCUACCCCAAGGGCAUGUGUGACGUGGGGCUGCCCUCCCGCAAGACCCUCUUCCACCUCCAGGCCCAGCGCCUGCGGCGGCUGCAACAGCUGGCGGAGGAGCAGCACGGCACCCCCUGCCACAUCCCCUGGUACAUCAUGACAAGCGGCCGGACUAUGGAGUCCACCAAGGAGUUCUUCUUGAAGCAUCACUAUUUUGGCUUGAAGAAGGAAAACAUCAUUUUCUUCCAGCAGGGCAUGCUGCCCGCCCUGGGGUUUGAUGGGAAAAUCCUGCUGGAGGAGAAGGGCAAGAUUGCCAUGGCGCCAGAUGGCAAUGGGGGCCUGUACCGGGCCCUGGGGGCGCACAGCAUUGUGGAUGACAUGGAGCGGAGGGGCGUGCAGAGUGUCCACGUCUACUGUGUGGACAACAUCCUGGUGAAGGUGGCUGACCCCAGGUUCAUCGGGUUCUGCUUGGAGAAGGAAGCAGACUGUGGGGCUAAGGUGGUGGAGAAGACCAACCCCAUGGAGCCGGUCGGCGUGGUGUGUCGAGUGGAUGGUGUCUACCAGGUGGUGGAGUACAGUGAGAUCUCCCUCGCCACUGCCCAGAAACGGGGCCCGGAUGGACGGCUGCUCUUCAACGCAGGCAACAUUGCCAAUCACUACUUCACCACUGCCUUCUUGAAAGAUGUAGUCAACACUUACGAACCGCGUCUGCAGCACCAUGUAGCUGAGAAGAAGAUCCCCCACGUGGACAUUGCUACAGGGCAGCUGAUCCAACCCGAGAAGCCCAAUGGGAUCAAGAUGGAAAAGUUCGUCUUUGACAUCUUCCAGUUUUCCAAGAAGUUUGUGGUGUAUGAGGUGCUGCGUGAGGACGAAUUUUCUCCUCUGAAGAACGCAGACAGCCAGAACGGCAAGGACAACCCUACUACAGCCCGACACGCCUUGAUGUCCCUACAUCACUGCUGGGUUCUCAAUGCUGGGGGGCACUUCGUGGAUGAAAAUGGCACACGCAUCCCUGCCAUCCCUCGUGUCACAAACGGAAGGUCAGAUGCCACCCCAGCAGAUGUCAAUGACAACUUAAAGGAUGCAAACGACCUGCCAAUCCAGUGUGAAAUUUCUCCCCUCAUCUCCUACGGAGGAGAGGGUCUGGAAAAGUACGUGAAGGACCGAGAGUUUCGCGCACCUUUGAUUAUUGAUGAGGAUGGGAUCCACGAACUGGUGAAGAACGGGAUGUAGCAGCGGCAUGGUGCCCAAGCUGGGCUGCCCCAUCCCGCCUGGCGGGCUGUGAAUUCAGAGACAUAAAGGUUUAUAGCUGUAACUGGUAGGGGCUAAUCCCGCUCGCUCUGGCCCUGUGCAGAGGAGGAUGUAACCCACUCGGUUCUUGGCAUGUUGUACGCUUCUAUUUAUAUUUUAAUUUAAAAACCAAACACCUUACGGAUUCCCCUGCCACAAAGCACAGCUAUGGUGCUGCUCUUUGCGCUCCAGGCUGUGGGCAUUUAUUUUUAAACAUGUAUAUAGUAAUAGUCAUUGUACAUGCAGAGGAUUUUUAUGGUACUGGGCUGGGGUUAAUCUUGAAUUUUUAUUUUUCUCAAAUCUACAUGACUAUUUUUUUUAAUAGUGUCCUUGUCAUUGCCCAUAUCCUCCCUUUUGGUCAUCCUUUGUAUGUUGCACAACUGGAAGCACCCGAUUAAACUCUGAGUCCCUCCUG